AUGGUAAUGUCGCCCAGCAGACGACUGUCUUCGCCAGGAAUAGCAGCCCACCCGAUGAACAUGCACUUGAGCUCCCUGCAACACUCGCAGCUGCAACUGAACGCUCAAAUGCACCAGAAGCUGACGGCCGGACUGACGCCGAGCCACAUGAGCGGGUUCUUCAAGAGCCCCUCGACCUCCCCCAGCAGCAUUAAUGCGAAUAUGAGCAAUAGUGGCGCCAGCGCCUUGACCUCCAGCACCACCAGCAGCAGUAGCAGCAGCUCCGCCGCCAACGGGACCAGCGAGCGCGGAUCGCGCGACUUCCGCCACAGCUCCCCACCGACCUCCACCGGCAGCAGCAUGCCCUCCGUGACCGAGCUGUCGGCGCACCCGCUCAACCGGCUGCAGUCGAUGCAGCCCUUCGACUUCCGCAAGCUGUCGGCGGCCGCCGCCAGCCUGAGCGGCUUCUCGGCGGCCGCCGCCGGGCUGCCGCCGCCGCGGCUCAGCCCCGAGGCGGCCGUCGCGCAGCACCACUUCAACCAGCAGCAGGCCGCGGCCGCCGCCGCCUACUCCCAGGCCGUGUCCACGGCCAAGCGGCGCAACUCGCAGACCUCGUCCUUGGACGCUUCCCGGGACCACGCGGCCGCCGCCGCCAGCUUUAUGAACCUCUCGAUGGGCGGCCACGGACUUCCGUUCCCGCUGCCCCCGCCGCCCCCGCCGCCCACCUCGGUGGCCAUGUCGCUCAGCUCGCUGAACCACUCGGCCGCCGCCAUGGCCGCGGCCGCCGCCGUGUCCGGCAACCCGCUCGCCGCCAGCUUCGUGGCGCAGUCCUUCCCGAACCUGCUGGCGGCGUCCACGCGCGACUCGAGCCGCAGCAAGUCCCCACACCACCCGCACCCGCACCCGCACCACCAACACAAGCACAAGGGCGGGGGUGAGCAACAGCAUGAGCAUUCGUCGCCGUCCUCUUCCUCAUCGUCGUCGGCGGCGAGCCGCGGCGAUCGGCGGAGUGACCGCGAUGCCGACCGUGAGUCGGGGGGUGACCACCACUCCCACCAGCACCACCACCGGCACCCGCACCACGAGUCACGGGAACGGGAGCGGGAAAACGUGCUGAACCUGAGCCGCGACCUGGCGGCGGCUGCGGCCGCCAACCGCCGCCUUCAGCCGCCGGGGAUGGCCCCGGCCAUGUCGCGACUGGCCGCGGCUGCCGCCGCCGGCCACCUGCCGCCCUCGUCCCACCUGAAGAAACCGUCGUCGCCGAGCAAGCGGCAGUGGGGGGCGAUCCCGCCGAACCUCGGCACGCAGUACGUCAACCCGGCCACCGGCAAGAAGCGGGUCCAGUGCAACGUCUGCUUCAAGACGUUCUGCGACAAGGGCGCCCUGAAGAUCCACUUCUCGGCGGUGCAUCUGCGCGAGAUGCACAAGUGCACGGUGGAGGGCUGCAGCAUGAUGUUCAGCUCGAGGCGCUCGCGGAACCGGCACAGCGCCAACCCGAACCCCAAGCUCCACUCGCCGCACCUGCGGCGCAAGAUCUCCCCGCACGACGGCCGCAGCGCCCAGCCGCACCCGAUCCUGCUGUCGACGGCCGCGGGGAUGCCGCUGCCGAACGGGCUCAGCCCGCUGCACCCGUUCGGGCCGGGCUUCCCGGGGCUCCUGCCGCCCGGGGACCUGCGCGGCCACCCGUCGCUGUCGGCGCUCGAGUUCAAGGCCAACAUGGAGGCCAGCAUGCACCGGCGGCUGGCGGCCGAGCACCACGCGCACCACGCCCAGGCGCAGCACGCGGCGGCCGCAGCGGCGGCGGCCGCGGCCGAGAAGCACCGGGCCUCGCUCAGCCCCGAGAACUACCGCUACCGCAGCCCGCACAGCGACACCCCCGACCGGUACCUCGGCGGGUCCUCAUCGGGCGCAUCCUCCGGCGCUCCGGGCCGCCGGCUCCACAGCUCGGGCAGCCGGCUGGACGAGGAGGACGGCGAGGACGACGACGAGGACGAAGACGACGACGACGAGGAUGAGGAUGACGACGAGCGGAACGGCAUCGUGAUCGACGGGAACGACGUGGAGGACGGCGAGGACGGCCACCAGUUUGACCUCUCGCUCAGCUCCGAGUCGGACGGCGGGGCGCGGCGGGACGAGGACGAGCUCGAGGACGAGGACGAGGAACCGCAAGACUUUAGCCUGACCAAGCGCCGCCGCAAUGGCGCCGACGGCCACGGGCGGGCUGUCGGAGCGAGCGGGCUGUCGGAGGACGGCGACGAGCUGACGAGCAACGGGGACGGGGACAGCAACGGCGAGGUGACGCGCGACGACGUCAGCGCGUUCCUGUCGAUCGCGAACAAGCGCAAGCGCAAGAGCCUCAACCCCACCAAGUGCGCCGUCCCGCCGUCGCGCCGCCCGUCCCUGGAGGAGGCCGACGCGAAGCCGGACGCGGACGAGCCGCGCGUGAAGAAGAUCAAGGUGGAAGCCGACGACGAUCAGACGGCGCCGCUCGCGCUGCUCAGCCCCGUCACCAGUGACAAGCCGCGCCCCGGCUCGGAGUCCCCGCGCUCCGGGGCCACCCCCGGCACGGCCCGGUCACGCUCUCCGGCGCAGCAGAAUGGGAGCGAUUGUCGCGAGGACCAGCCGACGGCGGCGUCCCCGCCGGCGGUUCGCAUCAAACCGGAACCGGGCGAGGAGGAGGAGGAGGAGGCGCCCAGGGCCGCACCGGAAGCUACCGACCUGUCGCUGGACCUGUCCAAGAAGCGCUCCGCCAGUCCGGACGUGAACGCGAACGAGAAGGGCCCGGUCCGGUACUCGAUCGACGUGCGGCCUCCGUCGGAGCUGCUCGAGAACCCGGUGCCUCUGGUGCGACCGAAGCAGGAGGGCGAUAAUGGGGUGGCCAGCGAUGGGGCCGGACGUCCCGGGUCGGCCGACAGCAAGAAGAGCGCCGACGGCGGCGGCGGCUUCGACUCGGCCAACACGCUCCGGCGGCUGGAGAACUUGUCCCAAGGACCGCUCAGCGACAUGAUGAUGCAACGGGCGGCCAACGUGGGGCUGCUCGGUGGACCGCAGUUCCCCCCGCUCAGCUACCUCAUGAGCGGGGCGGCCCCUCCGAGUCCUGCCCGCUCGCGGAGUCCUUCGCCGGCCACGCACGAACAGGACCCGGAAUCGGACGACAACGUCGAUUACUGCGAGGAGGGCAACUGCUUCAGCGAUCCGGACGUUCCGCUCGACCGGGACAACCCGAAGAAGUGCUCGGCGUGCGGCAAGACGUUCCAGAACCACUUCGCGGUCAAGACGCACUACCAGAACGUGCACCUGAAGCUGCUGCACCGCUGCAACAUCGACGGCUGCAACGCGGCCUUCCCCUCGAAGCGGAGCCGCGAUCGGCACGCGUCCAACCUGAACCUCCACCGGAAGCUCCUCUCGACCGGCUCACCCGCCGACGGCAACGACCCGGCGAUGGAGAAGCCCCCGCAUGUGGCGGGGGGCGCCUUCCCCAACGCGCUGCCGGCCGAGUUCCUGGCCCGGCUCUACGCCGACUCCCAGAAGUUCCCGAUGAGCAUGGAGGCGUUCAAGAGCCAGCUCACUCCGGGAGGCGCCAGUGCGGCCUACGCCGAGCUCAGCUUCCUUAACGGCGCCGCCCAACGUGGGUUCCCGCCGGCCGCGGCCAACCCGUUCCUCUUCCCACCCCUCGGCGGGCUGGCCGCCUUCCCCGGGCUGUCGCAGUUCUCGCACCUUCUACCGCAUCCGCUGAACGGCAUCUCUUCGCAGCUCGGCGCUGGUUCCGCUGGCUCCGGUGGUGGUGGUGGCGGUGGCCGCAUGUCCCGAUCCGACUCCCCGAUAUCCGCCUGCUCGCCACCCGCCACCUCCAACAUUCCGUCGCCGAUUUCGCAGCACGACGAGCGACAUCGGACCACUCCAACUUCCGGCGGCGGCGGUAAUACGUUGCUGCCGGAGGGCGGCCCCCGCUCGUCGGUGGUGGAUGGGCGCCGCUCCCCGGACUCCCUGUCGUGA